GAAAACAAGGAAAAUGACGAAUCGUCCAAGUGCCAUCCUCUUCUCCCUGUGAAAUAUCUCAUUAUCGUCCUCUUCGCCGUCCUCGUUAUUGCUCUGGCGAUUGCUACGGGCCUGAUUGUUCACUUCACUUGCCCGGGAAAAAUACGCUGCCAAUCCUCUUCCAUGUGUAUUCAGAAAUCAAAGCGAUGUGAUGGAGUUUACGACUGUCCGGAUGGAGAUGAUGAACUUAGAUGUGUGAGACUAAGUGGUCGGAGUGGGGUGCUGCAAGCCUAUGUUGCUGGGUCCUGGAAAACAGUCUGCUCUGAAAGCUGGAAUGCAUUGUAUGGGAAUCUGACAUGUAAGCAAUUAGGGUUUUCCAGUUUUGAGAGCUCCUCCUCCGUGCCUCUGCGCUCUAUUGAAGAACAGUUUAGAAGAGAAUUUGUGUCAGUCACCAAAUCUUCAGAUUCUUCUGACCAGCCAACCUUAAUGCACCACGUCAUCCAGCAAAGAGAAUACUGCUCUUCGGGUAACGUUACCACCAUAAAAUGUAUUGUCUGUGGUAACCGGCCCAGCUACGCUUCCUCGGCCCGUAUAGUGGGUGGCAACAUCUCAGCAGAGGGACAGUGGCCCUGGCAGGCUAGUUUGACCUUCCAAGGAAUCCACCUGUGUGGAGGCUCCCUGAUCAGCGCACAAUGGAUCAUCACUGCUGCCCACUGUGUGUACGAUUUGUACUUCCCAGAAUCAUGGAGCGUCCAGGUGGGACUGAUCAAUCAACCCUUAGACCCUCCAACAAAACUCUGUUUUGGUGGAAAAGAUCAUCUAUCACAGCAAGUACAAGUCCAGCACAAUGUCCAAUGAUAUCGCCCUGAUUAAACUGGCAACGCCUUUCACAUUUAAUGGCUUCAUACAACCAAUAUGCCUUCCACACUAUGGAGAAGAUUUUCCAGAGGGUAAGAUCUGCUGGAUAUCUGGAUGGGGAGCCACAGAAGAUGGAGGUGACACAUCACAGACAAUGGAUUAUGCUGGAGUCCCUCUCAUAUCAAACAGAGUGUGUAAUACAAAAUACAUCUACGGGGGAGUUAUAAAGCCGUCUAUGCUGUGCGCCGGCUUCCUGGAAGGUGGAGUUGACACCUGUCAGGGGGAUAGUGGUGGCCCUUUGGCAUGUGAAGACAGGAAAGUAUGGAAGUUGAUGGGGACAACAAGCUGGGGUGUUGGCUGUGCUCUGAGAUAUAAACCUGGAGUGUAUACCCGAAUCACAUCCUUCCUAGACUGGAUACAUACACAGAUGGAG